AUGCUCAGAGUCAGUCAAUUUUGCAUUGAACGCCGCCCAGGCUGCCAUACUCGCCUCCCCAUCGUCCGCUCCCACCUUCGGCCUUCCGCCGCCGCCCGCAUUCCCAUCCCUCGCAACCCGCCACCGCCUGUGCGUCGACUUUUCCACACCACUCCUAUCCUUUUCGAAUUUUCUCCGUUCAAUCUCCACGAUGUCGGUGAAGGCAUAGUCGAGGUCGAGAUCGUUAAGUGGCAUGUGAAGGAAGGUCAAGAGGUGGAAGAGUUCGAUGCGCUUGUAGAGGUGCAGAGCGAUAAAUCAGUAGUGGAUCUCACCAGCCAUGCUACGGGUAAAGUAAGGAGUAUCAAUGGCGAGAUUGGGCAGAUGAUCAAGGUCGGCCAAACACUCUGCGUUAUCGAGACCGAUGAUCCCGUCGAGGAAGCUCAAGAGGAUGGGGCGUCGCCCAUACCAGAUCGAGUCAAUCAAGAAGCGAAUGCAGCUGGGCAAGGGCAAGAGUCGGGAGAAAAGUACACCAAGUCUCAUGAGAGUCCUGCUGUUGCCGAAGCAGAAGAGCUCAGCGAGGAGGUCGAGCGCGCGUCGGAGCCACACCCUUUUUCCCCUCCCAAGCCCUCCAAACCGCCCCGGAAGCAUCCUCUCGGUGACUCGCCCUCGCACGAGUACCUUCUCCAAGGCCAGGAUGCUGCUAUGGACGCUUCCGGCCCGGCACAGCUCUCUGGCGAAGCGGCCAUCCUCCCCUCCGCGCCCCGGCCUUCCGUACCGGCGCACGAUGGACCUGUACCCGAGAGACGAUCGAGAUCGGAAGAGAGGAAGAGAAUCGUGAAAGCGUCACCUGCUGUAAGGACACUGGCUGCCAAGAUGGGAGUAGAGUUGGAUGAUGUGAAGGCUACCGGGGAGGGCGGAAGGGUGACGAGAGAAGAUGUACAAGCCGCCGCGGGGUCUGCGGCGUCGGGGGAACCUAGAGGGGCUGAACAAGUAGCUGAGCAGGUGGUCACCCGAGUAGAUUUUGGAAGGACCAGAAAGAUCAUGUACAAGGCAUUGGGCGAGCAGGCGAAAGUGCCACACUUUGGCUAUUCCCAUACGCUCGACCUCACCAACCUCCUCCCUUACCUCCGUCAUUCUCCCCCAUCUACCGCCAAACCCGCGUACAUCGCCUCCGACAUCCCCUCAAAUCUUUCACAUGACCCCCUGGAGACUUUUGCCAGACCCAAGAAAUCAAACCUGCUGAGCUUUUUGGUCAAGGCGGCAGUGAUGGCUUUGGAGGAACAGCCAAUCUUGCGUUCUAGGGUGAAAGAGAGUGGUGGUGAUAGAUGGCUAGAGAUUAGUAGAUAUGGGACCAUUGGGGUGGCUGUUUCAGACCCUAAAUUGGGCCUCUUGACCCCCUCCCUGCCGCCUCUCUCUCCGUCUACCUCCCUCUCGGCUGUCUCUGGACACCUUCAGCACCUGCGCGAAACGGCCUCCCGCCCUUCCCCUCCACCCCAUCUGACCGUCUCUUCUGUCGGCGGUCUGGGCGAAGCAAGGGGAGCUAUGCCGGUCUUGCCGCCCGGUGACGGACUUGCCAUCUGUGCAGUGGGCAGAGCCAAAUGGGAGGUCGAGUGGAAAGCAGCCGAGGGGAAGGUCUUUGGCAAGUCGCCAGAGGAAGUAGCAGGAGGUGGGUUGAGGGCUGUCUUGAGAAUACCGGUUGGAUGGAGUGCGGAUCAUCGCGUGUUGGAGGGCGCAGAGCUCAUUGCAUUCACGGAGACUUGGAGAAAGUGCAUUGAAGAGCCUUGGCGAUGGCUCGAGCCUGAGUGA